AAAAAACAAGAACAACAAGCAAAUUACCAGAUCGAAAUCAUCCAAAAAGAAUUUUUAAGAAUGCAACACUAAAUUCGCAAAAACCUAAUUAAAAAGAAACACAAACAAAAAACACAAAAACAAACAACAUAAAAACAAACGAUAGCAUCGAAAUCAUCCAAAAAUAGUCUCAAAGAAUAUCACAUUAAAUUCAAGAAAGAAAAACGAGCUCUGACCAGUUCCCAUCAUGCAGCGCAACUCUUGUAUGAGUGCAAUGCAGAAAAAAAUUCUCCCACUUUGCCAUUUGAUAUGUCCUACCAAAGACCGGUUUCUAACUUUGCUAACUUUUCUAGCAGACUUUCGUAUAUCGUAUUUUGUUUUUUUGCACUUCGGUUUUUGUAUUCCUUUUUUGCACUAACUCUGCUUGUUUUUGUAAUUUUACGUGACUUUGGCAGCAAACCUACACAAAAUUCUAAGUUCUCAUCUCAUAAUUCUCCACUAUGGUCAAUUUGCGCGGUUCGUAUAUGUAUGUAUAUGGAUGCAUGAAUGCACUCUCUUGUAUUUGUAUUUCUUCCGCAGUUAUCCAAUAGCUGCAUUGUUGUGGGUUGCUAUACGAACACAUGCUAUAAUUGUUACUGCUUUUUACAGUUUUUUUUAUUGUAAUUAUUAUCAUCGUAUUAACCUCCUUUUAGGUGGAUAUAGCGCGCAUAAUUACAUGCUGGAUAAACAUAGCUGUUGUUGUUAUUACUCAAUUAAUGUAGAGAGGAGUAGUAGUGUGUGACUCUAUUUGCAAAUGUAAAUUAGCUUAAUAUCAUAAUACAGCUUAUAAGGCAAUAAAGUUCUUAGCAGUGUGCGAAUUGUCAAUAUCCGUUAUUAAAGAGUGGAAUAUCUAUAUGCAAUUAGCACUUAAAUUGAAAAUGAUGGCAAACGUAAAGCUGAGGUUAUUGUAAAGCAAAAGACUUAAGCGAGCAACUUGAUUGUGGACACUGGUGGCCUAUGGUGAAUAAAUGAGUAUGACUCUAACGGAAAAUUAAUUUAAUUUUAGCAGAAAAAAUGUGAUUGCGAAAUUCGAUAACUCUUUAUAUUCUUGUAAAAAUCAUGUCAAACGACUAUCGCAAAAUAUACUAAAGUGACCUUAAUUGCGCGCUCCAAAAAGUUAAAAAUAACGACUGGUGUUUAAUAAGCAAUACCACGUGAAGUGAAAAAAAACAAAAACCAAUGUUCCCAGUCAAUUUGUGGUCGAGUAAGCGACGCUGAAAAUCGUUAAGUUAUACACACAAAUAUAUUCGUAUAUUCAAAUGAAUAUUCGUGAAACUGCCACUUUGAUGAGAGGCGAAAAAACACAAAAAAAUCAUACGAAAUAACCAGCUGGCGAAACAGGGAAGUGCAAUUGAAAAAUUUUACAGCCAACAUAACAAGAAAACCAACACAAAAAAAAUUUUUCUUUAUACGAAUUAAAUUGGCGCACACAAAUUUUCAGCGCGAGAAAAAAAAUAAACAAAUUGCAUAAAAAAUUAUACAAAAAAAAAAAAGCAACAACUAAUAAUAAUAACAAAUAAGUCGAAGGAAAGGCAAAAAAUUCCGCAAUGUACGCGCAAUACGGCAAACGAAGAAAAUGCGCGACUAUGCCAGCAACGACAACAACAACAAGGAAAACAUUAAACUAUGCGCGUCUAUUUCUCAUCACCGUAUUUUGUGGAUUAUUUUUGUUCGGCGCACAAACGGCCAAAGCUCAGGAGGUGCAGAGUAAUGAUGCAAAUCUACACAUAGUUGCAACAACUACGGCUAGCAGUGAUGCUGCGCCUACUAUGCCUGCUACAGUUGUAGUAACAACAGUACCCGGCGAUGCAGCAAUAACAACAACAACAAUAGCUACAUUACCAAUAAUAACAACAGCAAAUGCUGAGCAUGCUAUGAAUGCAACGUUACAAACAGUCGAAGAAGCUGGCAUCACAAUGGCCACAAAUGCAGUGGAGGAGUCUACCGGUGCUGUGUUCAGUGUUGAUAGUUCAAUGACUUCAACAUCGUCUGCUCCUGCUGUUCCAAUAACAACCGAAGCAGCAGCAGUAGCAGCAGCGGGCACAGCAUUGCCAGACGAUGCACAUUUGCUAACUACCACAGAGACGUCAGCCGCGACGGCGUCACCAGCAGCAGCAGUGAUGGCCAACGAGGAAGGCAGCAAUGUUGUGCACAAAUUGGAUGUUAUUGAUCCCUCAUCAACAGAGACAUCCCUUUCCGCAGCAGACACAACGCUAGCAGCGCAACAUGAUGACGCCGCUGCACCCAGCACCGCCACUACCAACAACAGCGCUCCAGCACCACCAUCUGCAUUGCCGGCAACCACAAUAGAGCCGAUCGUCACAACCGAACCGACAACUACGCCCGCCAGCAGCGAGUUUAGCAGCGAACGACAGGCCAAAGAACAUAUUGAGCAUGUGGCAGGGGUUGAAGAACAUCAAAGUAUUACUACAACCACAACUGGCGCAACACCCACUGAGAAUCAAGAAAUAAUAGUGCCACAUGUAUUAGUCGAGCAUGCGCAGCAAAUUAUUGAGGAGGAUAAGGCAGAGCACAAUCAUAAUCCACCACAUAUGCACCUGACACCUUACGAAGCCGAGCACAUACAACAUAUACAUGGGCACCAUGCUGAUCAUAAUCAUGAACAUGCUCACGAUCACACGCAUAAUGGCCACGACGACGUCACACACAUCGAUCAUGCGCACGAACACAAUGAUGAAGAGCACUCGACAGAGCAUGUGAUCUCGUCAACCUCAAAUGACAUUUUCGCUGAGAGCAAAGAACCGAGUAAACCAUUGGACAGCCCUUCUAUUGGGGCCACUACAAAUUCGGAGGGGGAGAACGAUACGCAUAGUGAGGAGAAGAUUGUGCAUACGCCCGCUGAAGUGUUGAUUAACCAAAUUUCCCACGAAUUUGAAGAGGAGGAUAAGGAUUUGAAUAACUUUCGGCAUCCGGCUACACUGAUUACCGCCAGCAAUAGCGACGAAUCGAUGAUGGCCGCCAUGAUGGCUGCGGCAAUGAAGGAAAACGAAAGUGAUGCCACCGCUGUUGGAGGCGAGCCGACGGCGCGGCAUGAAGAGGAUCCUUACCAUACGCAUAUACUCUCCGAGCAGCACGAUCGCUUAGCAGAGCAGGAAGAUUUCAAACUAAUCGCAGAGGACUUAAGUAGUUCGACAGAAACGCCUGUGAUAUCUAGUGUAGAAAUGACAACAAAGGCAAGCGAAGCAGAAAAGGAAGUUGAAAGUAUUGGGAGCACUGAAAAGGGUGCCCCAGUUGUUGUACCUGCGUUAGCAAUGAACACCACAAAUGUGACAAUUGAAGAGCGUGGACGUGCAAUGAAUAUUGCCGACGAAGAGGAUAGAGAGACAGCGUCAACCACGAUAACAGCGCCAAGUGAGAGUAAAGAGCCGGUGGUGGUGCCAGUCAUUGCAAUACAAUCAGAACACGAUCACGUACAUAUGCCCGAUCCCAUGACUAUUGAAACCUCAACAGCGGCGGGAACAAAAACAAAUGCAAUUGAAAGCAAUAACAACAAUGAGGGCGCACCGAAAAGCCACGAUGAUGCAGCUUCAACAGAAUAUCCACAGCAUUUCUUCUAUCAUGGCGAGGGUCGCUCUGUGGGCGAUAGCAUUUCGGCAGAGAAUGACGAUGUACCAUUGAACUAUCAUUACCAUAACUUUGUGACCACAGAACGCGGCGGCAAUGGCAAUAACAAAAGUAUGGCUGAAAAGAGUGGCGCUUUGGUGGAUUUAAGCGAUAUCAGCAUGGAUGAAGACGACCAAAUGGAUAUGACACACAAUACGCACGAACAACAACAACAGCAGCAGCACAAACAGCACGAAGAGCAUGACAAGCAUGAAGAGCACAACCACAGCAAUAAUAGCGCCAAUGAGGGGGGGCAACAACAAAAUGAGCAACAGCUGAAGAUUACUGAGGUGACAAAAGUCGCUGGUAGUGCGGCCGCUAUGCAACAAGACUGCACUGGCAGUGAUGACAGAAUGUACAAGAAUGGCGAAACGAUGAAUCGCGGCUGUGAUGAACGUUGUACGUGCAAUCGCGGCGAAUGGAUUUGUGAACCUCGUUGCAUGGGCAAUACUUUCAAACUGGUUGGCGGUGCACCACAUAUGGAUUUGGAUGCGCAAACUCACUGCCGUCAGAUGGCUGUAGAUGAGUGUUGUGCCACCAUGGAAUGUGGUCUAUUGCCCACUAUGAGCGUUCCAGAGUUAGACGCUGAAGGUGGACUUAAUGCGUCCUCUCAAACACCACGUCCCGACUGCCACCACAACGGCAGCGAUUACAAAUUCCGCGAACGUCUAGAAAUCGGCUGUGAACAGAUCUGUCACUGUGACGAGGGCGGUGUAAUGAAUUGCAAACCACGUUGUCCGGAGCGCAAUCACACCCGUCUCGAUAAGUGCGUUUAUGUUAAGGAUCCAAAGGACGUGUGCUGCCAGUUGGAAUUGUGCGAUGUUACACUCGACGACCACGAGCAAAAACCAUCACUUCCCACUGCGCAAAACUCAAUUGGCGACGAGCAGUAUGGUUCCGAAGAGGCACGCGACUUAUCAGGUGGCCACGAGCAGCCCGAUUGCGAGUACAAAGGUCAGCAUUAUCGUGAUGGUCAGCAAUUCCAUGAUGGCUGCGAACAACUGUGCAUUUGUACGCUGGAAGGUGUGCAUUGCGCUAAGCUACAGUGUCCAUCCACUUUUGGCUUGGAUUUGUUGAAUCCACAUUGCUUGCGUUGGGAACCGGAGCCGGCUAGCUUUGAACCGAAGGCACCGAAUUGUUGUCCGGAGAAGAUGCGUUGCGUGGAUAACGGCACUUGCGACUACUUGGGCCAAACAUUUGAUAAUUGGACACCGAUACCAACCAACCUUACCGGUUGUGAACAGCAUUGUUAUUGUGAGAACGGUAAAGUAGAAUGCCGGCCCGCCUGUCCACCUGUGCUGGCUUUACCGCCACCCGAUUUGCCUUGCCAUCCGUCACAGGCGCGUGUUUUGCCUAUACCCGAUGAUGAGUGCUGCAAACACUGGGCCUGUGCGCCACUUACACCCAAACUGAGUGGGAAUGAUGGUGAUUUGCCACCACCAAAUCACGUCUUUAACACUGGUGCAGGUCAUGAUACAAGCGCGUCAUCCACCGAGGAACCGAAUAGCACUGGCAGCAAUUCAGCGCACGUGUCCAACGACAAAAAUGAUAUUUACCCGAACAAAUCACACGAAAAGCCCUCGCGUCCUGGCGAUGCUUUCUAUCCCACAAUCGACGGCAAGCCACCGAAGAGUGGCUCACCAUUUGGUGAUGCACGGCCGGAGAAACACGACAAACAUGAAAAGUUCGUAAAGAAGCCAGUUAUUGUGAAGCCUCAACAGAAUGAAGUCAGAUACGAUGUCCACGAGCCGCAAGAUGAACACGACACUGCGCCACCGGGCUUCAUACCCAUACACAUUGGCGGCGGUCCCGGCGGUGCUGUUGUCAACUACAAUCCGCACUUACCACCAGCUGGUCAUCCUGGGCCAUACGGCUUUUACAACCCCGCUCAGCCACCGAAAGAUCAUUUCGACCCUUACAAUCCGUACGAACCAUACGACAUUAGUCCCAAUGGCAUCGCACAGGGUAAACCGCCUGCGCCAACUAGUCAAUCGGAUUUGUUCAACAUCCUGGGAGCUGGAUCGCCGGCCGCACAUCCACCAGGCAUGGCAACAGCGAACGGAUCGCCUGGCCCACCGCCGGGUUUCAAAGGAGCACCCGGCAAUUUACCACCUCACGUGCGUAUCGAACACAUCCUGCAACAUUUGCAACACACGCCGGUACAGGGUGCCUACAAUGGCGGCGCCUAUGGUCAUGGGAAUGAGAGUGGUGUCAAUGGAUUGCCACCACAACAACAACUACCACAGCCGGGUCAAUCGCCACUGCAUCCGCACUAUGUGCCGAUAGUACAUAGCGGUCUACCGCCACCACCGCCACCGCAUGGCAUAGCGAUUGUCGAUGGUCAGCCGGUGGCCUACGGUGGUUUCCCCGUGGUGCCUGGCCUUGGGCAACCGCCUCACCUGCCGCAUGCACAUGCGUCAAACGUGAAUAGCAACAAUAACAACAACAGUAAUUUGCUGCAACACCAACCACUGCAGGAACAAUCGGCGAGCAGUUCAACCACAUCUGCGGCGACAACCAGCGCGGUGGGCUUAGCCGCUCAAUCCACGGAACAUGGCGUGCUUCCGGCCGUUGUGGCCACGGCUUCGCAAUCCAGUCAAACAGGCUUCAACAAUUUGCAAAGCGACAUUGAAGUACUCAACCUGGAAGCCAUUGAUCCGCGCACCAUUCGCAUAAUUUUCACUGUACCGCCGACUUAUGUUAAUCUGCAUGGUCGCGUAGAGUUGCGUUACACGAAUGGCCCCGGCAACGACACUACCACGUGGGAGCAACAAAUCUUUGCACCACCCGAAGAUCUCAUUGCCACCUCUCAGAUGGAAUUCGAUCUGCCCGGUUUGGAGCCAAACUCUUUGUACAAGGUGAAGAUUACACUUAUAUUGCGUGAUCUGAAUGCGCAGCCAUCCAGUCCGAUUCUCACUGUUAGCACUCCCGCGGAUCGCACGAUUACACCACCACCACAAAUCACUGACUAUCGUCCCGACUUUAAAGAUGUUUUCAAGAGUAUUGAAGAUCCAGAAUUAAAUGUAAGCGAGACAAAUUCUACCUGGUUACAGCUGACGUGGAAGAAGAUUGCCGAUGAACAGUUGGAAUAUGUUGAUGGUAUACAGUUGCGUUACAAGGAGUUGACCGGCCAAAUUUACUCAUCCACACCGCUGGUGCAUCGCACACUCACUAGUUAUACCAUUGAGAAUUUGCAGCCAGAUACUGGUUAUGAAAUUGGCCUUUUCUAUAUACCAUUCCCUGGUCAUGGUGGCGAACUCUUGGCGGGUCAUAUGAUAAAGGUGCGCACAGCGCCGAAAGUGGAUGUCUACAACUUUGAUGUUAUGGUUAAUGUGACCAAGGUGAAAUCGCAGAGUGUGGAAGUAUCGUGGAGCGGAGUGCCAUAUCCGGAGGAUAAAUAUGUGAAUAUUUAUCGUGCUAUCUAUCAGAGCGAUGCUGGCAAGGAAGAUUCUAGUGUUUUCAAAGUGGCCAAACGCGAUAGUACUACUGGUACAUUGAUUAUGGACUUGAAACCAGGCACCAAGUAUCAUCUCUGGCUGGAGAUGUAUAUGACUAAUGGUAACAUCAAAAAGAGUAAUGUGGUUAACUUUAUGACGAAGCCAGGUGGACCAGCGACGCCAGGAAAAACUGGAAAAUUACUCACAGCCAGCGCUGGCGGUGACCAACCAGUUGGUGAUUACUACGGACCUCUUGUCGUGGUCUCGGUAGUUGCUGCUUUAGCGAUUAUGUCCACAAUUGUGCUGUUACUCAUACUAACCAGAAGACGUGUGCAUCAGACGGCGUCCAUAACGCCACCACGCAAAAGUGAUGCCGCUUAUGAUAAUCCUUCGUAUAAGGUGGAAAUACAACAGGAGACAAUGAAUCUGUAGCAUUUCUAAGCUCAGAGGACGCGUGUGUUGCGUCCCCCCAACAG